AAAUAUGCCCGCUCUGCACUCAUUGGCUUCUUUUGCAUUCGCUUCACCUCAAAUCAUGAAUGGGCCCCCAUUUGUUUCCUUUCUUGAGUUGUUCAUUUUGGAAUGAAGGAGUGGACAAUGGAGUCAGCUCUGCAAAUAGUCUUGGUGCUGCACCUGAUGGGGAUCUUCACAGGAGAUAAUCAGGUCUCCUGUGACUCCAGCCUACGAAAACGCCGGUUUUCUGGUAACGAGUUAACACUUGACAUGGCCCUGAAUUCGUUUGAUGACCAAUACAAGGGCUGCGAACGUGUAAUGGAGAAAGAGCUUCAGAAGCUACACCAAAGUGAGCUUCUCAAAAACAAAAAUUAUACCAAAGCCUGGAAGGAAGCAAUAAACAGGUGGAAGGAUAAGAAGUGGCCCAGCAGCCUCAAGCCAGAGUACGCCACAGCAAUCAUGGCUUAUACCUUCGAAGAACCCAGGCUGUAUCCUGAUUUCAACUCGGCCGUAAGAGAGGCUGGGAAAUCCAUGGAGCAUUACCGGAAUCACUUCAGCUUCAAGACCUUGCACUUUCUCCUGACCAGAGCCCUUCAAGAUCUGAGGACCUCCAACCCCCCCAGACCCCAAUGCUACAUGGUGUUUCAUGGAGUCAGCAAUAUCCACUUCAGCACCACUGAGAAGGCUAUUGUCCGGUUUGGGCAAUUCACUUCCUCAUCUGAAAACGAGGCAAUUGCAAAGGGUUUUGCUGAGGGUCUUGGACUGAGUUUUGGGCAGUCUGGGGCAAAAACCAUCUUUGAGAUUUAUACUUGUCAUGGGGUCUCCAUCAAGGAAUUUUCUGACAUGCCACCUGAAGAUGAGGUCCUGAUCCCACCCUAUGAGAAAUUCAGGGUUGUACAUUCCAGAAAGGGUGAGGAAGGUACCACUCGCAUCCAGCUCCGCUCUGCUGGGACAUUCAGCAAGUACAACUGCGCAUACACAAGUGGUGGGGCCUAUGAGGAAGACGACAUGGACCAGGGGUCACCAACCGUUUUGGACAAGCAGGCACAUUUUGAAUUUUGAGAAUGUGAAGUCACAAAAUGGCUGCCAUAGGGGUGUGGAAUAACACGAAAUGGCUGCCAUGGAGGGCAUGGCAUAACACAACAUGGCUUCUGUGGAGACAUAGCAUGACACAAAAUCCUGUCCUAUUAACAGGUGAACACCAAACUUAGUUAGAAUCAUACCACAUCAAGAUCCAAGAGCUUGGGCCAACAGGAAUGUCUUUGCCUGCCACCUGAAGGCUGACAGUGAUAGCAACAGGCACAUUUCCCUGGGGAAAGCAUUCCAGGACAGGAUAAGGCCAUGUUUCUCAAACAGUGGUCCUUGGGUCACGUUCAGGAGGGCCUCAGUGCCACCACCACCACCCAGGGCCCUCUCACUUGCCUGCCCCACUUGCUAGCCAUGCCACGGCCAUUGAGGUUGGACCAAUGCUAGUACCAGCAACUCCUUCCACACUACGUAAAGUGCCCAGGAGACAAGAGAAAUUGUGGCAAGGAAGGAGGGAGGGAAAGAAAGUCUCCUUCCUCUGAGGAGAAAGGUCCAGAGGAGGUGUAAAAGGAAAUUAGAAAGUGGAACAAAAGGUAAAUAUACUAUUAUUAAUAACCACAGCAUUAAAUUAGUAAGUAAAUACAUUGGGAAUAGAAGAGAAAGGAAUAAGAGAGGAGGCGGAAGUGAACGUAAAAGGAUCAGGGAGGAGGGAUGAAAGAAAUGGGAAGUUGGGGAGGAGGAGAAGUUACAGGUUGAAUGUGAAAGGAGAAUGAGAGAGGAAAUUACAGGAGAUGAGAAGAAAUACUUCAAGAGGCAUGGUGGGGUGGGAGGAAAAAGAUAUUAAAAAAACAGCCUUCGCCACAGAGACUCUGGAUCAGCAAAUGCUGCCUAAACCAUAAGGUGAUGUAAAUGUCUGUACUUGAGUUGUGGAAAGCUGAGCUAUGGACCUCCCUACCACAAGGAAAACACUGUGGCAAAGGAUGUGUAAUUUCCAAAGGUGGACUAGAUAUCCUUUAAAAAAAUAGUUUGCAACUGCCAACGGAUUAUGCACAACUCUGCCUCCAUCUGCUCCUUUUGUGAUUGGCGAGUAGGAAGGUGUGUUGUUUGCAUUUUAAUGAGAAACGACCUAAUUGGCACUUCUUGAACCAAGACACAAACUGAAACACAGCAAUCCUUCCAAAUUCAUCCUUCUCUGGAUUUUCUGAUGCAGUGCUCCAACUAAAUGUGCAGAAAAAUGCAUAUAUUCCAGGCAGGUAAGCACGAGAUGCGUUAUUUUAUGGAAAGUUGCUUGCAAAAUGUUUUAUCAGCCUAAAGUGCAUACAAAACCUUAGUGCCUUUUUUUUUUAAGUAAAAAACGAGAUGUUGGUAGUCAUGUCUUGAUAAAAGUCCCGUGGGUGCCAGCACAAAAUGGCUGUAAUGGGCAACAAAAUAAGAGGCAACGGUACUCCAUACGGCAAAAAUGUAUUUAUUAGGGGGAGAAAUCACAUUAAAAUGCUGAUUAAGGUUCAUGAUGAUUAAAAAAAUGCAAAUUGCUGUCA